UGAAUUUGGUGUUAUGCCGAGCUUAUUGUAUCGAACAAAGGCUAUCAUGUCGCAAAGAUAUUAUGGUGACAUCACUAUUGUCCCAAACAUUUCAUAUACUGAUUUUUUCAAAAUUCUAUCUAAUCCUACUCCUGAAUCGGUUCAAGAAGCUACUUUAAGGGGUGAAAGGGCAACAUGGCCCAGUAUCCUUCCAUUAUUAAAGUUAAUGUAA